AAAGCAUGGGUGUCAGUUUGAGCGUUCAAAAACACAUUUUUGGAAAUUUUAUUCUGGGUGAUUUGUUUGUGCUGCCUGUCACCUGUCAUCUCUACCUGUUAUCUGCUCCUCUGUCAUCUGCUGUUAUCCGAUCAAAAAUGUGUGUGUGAGGGGGAGUGAUAAAUGUGUGAUUGUGGAAAAUUAAAAAAACUAUUUACAUUUAAUUAUAAUAAUGAAGCAAAACAUUGAGUAUUGAUGAUAUCUCUCAAGAUUGUAUUAGUAAAAUUUAAUUUAACAAUCGGAACCAUUAUUAUUUUGACCAAACAGUGGUAGCAAGAGUGCUGAUACAGGAAAUUAUAGGAUGUCAAAGGCUACGGAAGUGCGCGUGAACCGGUGGUACUUCGGCGGGCUGGCGUCGGCGGGCGCGGCGUGCGUCACGCACCCCCUCGACCUGCUCAAGGUGCAGAUGCAGACGCAGAAGGGGAAGAACAUCUCCAUCUUCCAGCUCACCAAGAUUGUUGUGUCUAACCAGGGUAUUAUGGGGUUGUACAACGGUAUCUCUGCAUCCCUGUUGCGUCAGCUAACAUAUUCAACAGCUCGCUUUGGAAUCUAUGAAGUAGCCAAACAGAGACUGGCACCUAAAGAUGGCAGCAACAUUCCGUUCUACCUGUCUGCGUUCCUGGCGGGUCUCGGCGGGUUCGCGGGCGGGCUCGUCGGCAACCCGGCCGACCUCGUCAACGUGCGCAUGCAAAAUGACGUCAAACUGCCGCCCGAGCAGCGGAGGAACUACAAGAACGCAUUCCACGGCAUAUACCGCGUGGCGGCGACGGAGGGCGUGCUGCGCCUGUGGGCCGGGGCCUCGAUGAACUGCACGCGGUCGGCCCUCAUGACCAUCGGGCAGCUGUCGUUCUACGACCAGGCGAAGCAGAUGCUGCUCACGACGCCUUAUUUUAAGGAUAACGUCGUGACGCACGUUACGUCCAGUUUGAUUGCUGGUGCGAUAGCGACAACCAUGACACAACCCGUGGACGUGCUAAAAACACGAGCCAUGAACGCGAAACCGGGCGAAUACAGCAGUAUGUUCCACCUCAUACGAGUGACGGCUAAAGAGGGCCCGCUAGCAUUCUACAAGGGAUACCUACCAGCCUUCGUAAGGCUCGCGCCACACACGAUACUCACGUUCGUAUUCCUAGAGCAGUUGAGACUAAACUUCGGUACCAUCAAGAAAUCAGUCCCAGUCGAAACAGAUAAAGUGUAGAAAUCGAAUUUAGAGUUUAGACAUACGAAAUACGACGGAUAACGGUGCUGGACACCAUAGAAAUGGUUACCAUAGACAAGAGAUGGUAUUUUUUUAAACGAGUCUCUCUUGUUUAUGGGUAGAAGAACGUAUUUGUUUGAAAAACAAAUGUAUUUUUUAUUUAUUGAUGUUAGUUACCUAACUAAAAAAGGGUAUUCCGCUAUAGCUGGUUAAUUCCAAAUGUGCAUUAGUUUAUUUUGAAUAUAGGUUAAUAGAUGUUAUCGACAAGGAUAGAUCGCUAUGUAGCUUCAGUAAAUUAAUUGUGAGUAGAUUAUGCCUUACAUUUAUAUUAUAGCUCGUAAAAUUGUAGACAGUGAAGAGAAAAUAUGCUGAAAUAUAAAUUCAAUCUUCUAUAAUUAGUUGCAGCUACACUACUCUUACUACUGCACUAACUAGGCAUAUCGUGCCUCCGUGGUUUAAAUAACAUUCAUUCAUUACAUUCUUAUUUUUGUAUAUAAUUUUUAUAGGAUCAGAAUACUUAGGUGAAUGUCAUAUUCCAGUUUGUUUCGCUAGAAAUAGUUAAUUUAUUCAGUUGCAUUUAGGUAAAAUAGGUGGUCAUUUACAUUUUGCUAUACCAUAGGUAUCAUAGGGUGGGAAAUGUUGAGUUUUAUUUAUUUUAUUUUUAACAGCUUUUUGUGAUACAUUAUGAAUAUAUUUGUCUAGCAUCAGAACAAUUUAAUUUAAUGACUAUUAUGUGAUUCUUAAGAAGUUACCGGAUCUUUAGAAUGUAAGGAUUGUUAUUUUCUAAUAUUUUUUUAAUGGACAGACGUAUACAAACAUGUUAUAAUGAUGUAUUUAUAAUAACUACUAACUAUUUACUAUAACAACCUAUGGUGAAGACUUCCAUUUGUGUUCAAAGAACAGGAUAUAAAAAAAACUAUUUAUUUUAUACUUUUUGAUCAUUUUAACAUUAUUUAAAUACGGGGUAAUAAUGAGUGAUACGGUGAUACUAAAUAUUUAUGUAAAAUAUAAUACUACAAACAUGUGACAUUUCAGGAAUGAAAAAAAAGUUAUGUCUCGUUAUUUUUUAUUUGUGAAAACUGGGAUUUUGUUGAGCGAUCUAUAUUUUCACUUCGUUAUAAUUAAUUUAACUAGGUACUAUCCUAGACGGGUUACUGUAAAAUAAGUGUUGUGUUGCUUUAAUAAUUCCAAGGAUGGAUGGGAUGCGUCAUACUUUUAGAUUUGCAACGCUAUGUGAAACGAUCAAUGAAACGGAGCGAUUUCCUAACUUUAUUUGCAAUAAGCUAGCUUUUUACAAUUAUUGACCAAUCACAGAGCAGGUUUUUUCAAGUAUAAAUAGAAACUAUUUUGUAACUUCUACAUGUGAAGAUUUUGAUUCCAGUUUUACCGAAAAUAUGAGAAAUAGGUAAUAUUUUGAGAAGUGUAUUAGGUGUUUACAAUUGCUUAAACGAGUAAUAUAAAUUAAAGAGUUCCUAACUAUGAAGAAUAGUUAUAUGGGAGUGUUGUAGGAAGUUCAAAGCUGUCCGGGUGUUUAAUCCAGAAUAUUUCAAACGUGAAUGUAUACCUAAUUAUUACUCAAAGAAAUAUAAAUAUCAUGUUGUUGUUUA